CUCUUGCUUUGACACGCUGGUGCGGACCAGCGGAAGCGCUCUGUAUGAAAUUGUUGACAUGCUUCUGAAAACGUGUGAAAAUCAAAUUAUGUUAACAACUUCAUUUGUUUGAUAUGCUAAAUUGCCGUAUAUUGUUCAGAACUAGUGGUUAGGACUAGAUAGACUAUUCUGACCGACACGCGGUGGUACAGCUCCUGAAUGAGAAUUGAACACCAAACUAGCUUAACUGCAUUUAGCUAAAUUCCGCAGCUAUGACAUUGAUGAACAAAGAUUCGGCUGUUCUUCAGGGUGCUUUCCUCCUGGCUGAUAAACUGUGUCUCCCCUCAUCCCUAUCCUCCCUUCAGAAAGAUGACUGGAGCAGGGUGGGACAUCCGGUCCUGGAAGCAGUCAGAGAAAUUUGCGGACAGGAUGAACUUGGUGGUCGUCACCCCCCCACAGCGACUGUCAGCUGGAUAAAGAAAUUAGUUUGUGCCGUUUGGCUGAAGGUGCUGUGUAGGGAGGCUGGAACGGACAUAGAGAUGCCCUGGAGGGAGAACCCUUUCUUCGCCCUUCAGAACGGCCUCCCUGAGGUCAACUAUGUUGUCCUGUUUGAAGUGGUGAGGUCGUUGGCAGCUGCUCCGAUAUUUGCCCGGUUCCUCUUGCAUAUUCCUCAAUCUCAGAUCUGUACUGAGCUUGAAAGGUUAGUGCAGCAUGUGAGGAGCAGCCCCACUAGAGAGGAUGAUGGUCAACUUUUCCUGGAGGUGUGGUGGGAACUGUGGAAAGGUCGAGUUGAGCAGAAAGCGGAAGGAGAGGACAGCAUAGAGAAGGAGUUUGCCAGACAAUUUGCUCGCCUCUCGUCUUCCAGUCGGUCUCCUCAGGCUGCCAAGAGGCUCAAGAUAGAUGCAUCAGAUCUACCAGCAUCGUCACCAUCCGCUGAUGUCCUAAACAUUCUCCUUCAUGCACUUAAAGACCUAAAAGACAUCAUAUCUACAACAGACCUUUGCCUCCAGGCCCUCUCCAUUUCUCUAGAUGCUCUAUACACAGCCUUCCUAAUAGACCGAGCAGUUGUACUUCCCGCCAAAGAGAAGAUGCACAUCCUGUCUAAAGUGGUCAGCAUCAGAGAAAAUAAUGAUGAGAAACUGAGUCCUGAACUUAUUCAGGCGGCUCAGAGAGACCUACAUGCAUCUCACACACCAUCGCAGUUUCAACCCAGCAGGAUGAAGCUUGGUGAAGCUUUGAAGAUUAUAACAGAACUUGCUCAGUUUUGGCAAAACAGUGGGCUCCUGGAAGAGUAUGGCAACUCUCAUCCCAGCUACUCAGUAUAUACACUAGAACAAAGUGUCCAGAGAGUCCUGACCGCUCUACAGAAAGUGAAAGUGCCUGAAACUACGACUGAAAUGGACCUUCAAGCAACUCAGAAGAAUAUACUCCGAAGUUUGCUGGAGUCACUAACUUUCCCCGCCACAGAGAGCACCCCUGAGGUGAACGCGAGGGUCACCAUGGUCAUCAUCAAUCACCGCCUGGAGGACUAUCAGAACUUUGCGGUGUUAUUUGCCAGUGAGAAGAGUUGGGCUGCCUGUGAUGAGCUCUGGAUUGAUUGUCUGGCAAACAACCAGGGAGCCUUCCAGCGGCAGGACAUACUGAUCCAACUGACCUCCACCCUCAUGAGUAAACUCCACAGUGAGAGCACCAACGUGAGCCAAUGCAGGAAGCUGAUGAAAAUUGUCGCAGACAUUUUCUCCACACUUUCCUUAGAAGACAAGAACAAAGCUUUGGCUGCCAUGCUGAGACUGUCCAGCAGGGGCUUCUUUGGGUGCUCCGUCGCCUCUGCUGUGACUGACGGGUUCGAACAGGAGCUCAACAUGGCCUUCAACUGCAUCAUCCAAGGAGGUGGUGGAGCGUCAGCAGUGGCAUUGCAGAGCAAUCUGAACACAGCGGUCUCUCUAGUAGCUAGAGUUGCGUUUCAGAACCCGGAAGCGGCUUUGAGGUCUUGUUGUCAUUCAGCUGUUUUCAAUAAAGGUGCUUUCUCUCUUAUGGCCAAGAUCCUGCAGCAGCUGCCUGGACUCAGAGGACAGAGGGGAAUAAAAGACGAAGCUCAAAGAGAUGAAGACGAAAGCAAAAAGGGAGAGAAAAGUACAGAUGAAGGAGAGGAUGCUCCCAGUGGUAGCACUCUACUCUGCAGAUGUCUACAAGAGAUUAUCAAGACCAAAUCAUUGUCACCCAACGAGAAAGAGCAGCUCCUCAGGUGUCUGGGUCUGCUGAUGAUGCCUGUCAUGACUGUUGAGGGAGAAGAAGAAAGAAGGGAAAGCUUUCUGACACCUCAGGAGGUCGUGAACAUCUUCGUCCUGCCUCACCUCUCCACUACAGGUCAGCGCUCCUUUGAUUUAGAGCUGAGUCUACAGCUUCUCCACACGGCUCUGUCUGUGGACAUCCAGGAAGCAACCGGAUCUCCUCACUGGGUGUUGGACUGUUCUCCCUUCCCCCUUCUCUAUGUCCUGGCCCAGCUGCACAACCAGACUCUCAGGUGUUGGGAGCAGUCACCAGAGGGCACUGUCCACCGCUGGUCCAUGGACACCAAGGAGCUGCUGGUGUUGGUGCUGACCACUCUGGGGCGGCUGGUGGGUGCAGAGGUAGCGGCGGCCCCCAGCAGCUGGUCCAGAGCUCUGUUCUGGCUCUACAACAAAAUGGAGGGACUGGACUGGACUGUGCGCUUCCACCUGAAGCCUGUUUGGGGGGAUCACUUUAAAAAUGAGGUUCCUUCAUCUCUGCUGACUGUGUGUGAUCUACCUGAGAAGGAGUGGUCAGGUUUGGAGCUGCCUGUGUAUGGACAGGGCACAGGUCUUCUGGCCUGGAUGGAGUGCUGCUCUAUAUCAGACUCCCUGCAGUCCACCAUGUUAUCCCAUCUCUCUCUGGACCAGCGCCGGGCAGACCACGUCGGCAUGUUCAGCAAAGGCCUGCUGGUGGCUCUGACCCAGACUCUGCCCUGGUGCUCCGUCUGCCAGUGGAGCAGACUGCUGAGAGUCCUGAGGGAGCUCAUCAGCUCGGCUCGCCUCCACGUUCCCUUCUCCCUGGAGUACGUGGACUAUCUGCCCCUCCUGGAUCUGAGGAAGUUUUCAUGUGAGCUCCGCCUGUCCGUCCUCCUGCUGCGAGUCCUUCAGCUGCUCUGCGGGUCCAGCUGCUCCCACUGGCUGUCAGUAGAUGGCUGGGCACACGUCGGCAGGUUAUACGCCCACGCUGUGAGGGAGAUGAUGAACUCAGUAAGAGCCAAGCUGCCUCUUCCUUCAUCUGGUCCUUCGACUGUCUCCACUUCAACGUCUCCUAAAACUCCAGCGCCUAGAGACUCUAAUCCUUCCUGCACUUCCGUCAAAUCUCCUAACGGAGACCUUCAACAAGCAGAAGACUCUCCUCUGAAGUCCAAGGAGUGCCAAAUGGAGGAGGAGGUUCCCUGCCAAGAAGUCCUUUUUGUACUCAGCCAGCUCUUCUGCCAUGUUCAACACAUCCAGGUGAUGAUGCCGGCAGGCCGGUGUGAGCCGUUGUUCCUGUCCAGCCUGGAGAUCCUCAGCCACUAUGAGGCCAUCAUGGCCGCUUUCCCACACAGCAGCAGCCCACUGGAGAGCGACAACACCCGCCACUUCUUCUCCACCAUCACAGACAACCUGGAGAACCAGGAGAUGAAGGCUGUGCUGCAGCAGAAGAUCGCUCAGCUUGUGUCAUCGGCAGCUUGAGACACUUGUUCUCCUUCUGUCGGCUUCUCAAAUUCUCUCUCUGGGUUUGAGCAUGUUUGCUAAUAAAAUAAGGAUAUAUUUUAUGUUCAUGUCACACUGCACUUGGCUAACUUAAGAAGUUAUUAAGGUGAUGGGUUAGGAAUCAGAGUGAAUAAAAAAAUAUUUCACAGCAAAUGUCUUUUUCAAAUAUUAAUUUCUGCCCUGAAAUUGCAUGGUCAGAGGUUCUUGAACAGGUUGUGGUGGCUCAGAUCAAAUGUAUCUGUUAACCUGGAGCUGG